AUGGAUGUUCAGAUUGCUCAAACUGCUGAAACAAUCAAGAGGCAACAUGGAACACUCCCUGGGAAAACAGGCAAGAACCCCAAGGAUUGUAACGCAGUCGAGCUGAGAAGUGGAAGACAACUCCCAGAUCCUGUCCCCAAAAAGCUCACUACUAAAGAGAAGGGAAAACAGAAAGAGGGAGAACAAUCCGAGGAUGUCUUGGACGACGAACAAGACGCAGAACAGCCAGCUGUGAUAGAACCAGUAGCUCUUACGAUGCCAAAUCGGCCUGUUCCAGCUCGCGUCUACAGUCCAAAAGUUCCCUACCCAGUCCCUGCUAAGAAAUCAUGCAAGGAUUGCGAAGAGAUGAAGUGCAAAAAGAUGCUAGAGGAGUUGAAUGUCAAGCUAUCUCUCAUGGACGCAAUUCAGAUGAUUCUUUCAAUGCGCAAUCUUGUGAAGGGGCUAAUCUCUGGGAAAACAUCUGCAGACAGCGAUAUCAUGAUGGUCUCAAAAGAAUGCAGCACAGUCCUUCAAAACAGAACAAUUAGGAAACUGGAAGAUCCUGAAAAAUUUGUCCUAUCGGUUCAGAUUGGAAAAACAGUCUUCGCUUGUUCUUUAUGUGAUCUAGGUUCCAGUGUGAAUCUCAUUAGGAAACUGGAAGAUCCUGAAAAAUUUGUCCUAUCGGUUCAGAUUGGAAAAACAGUCUUCGCUUGUUCUUUAUGUGAUCUAGGUGUUCUCGAAGACCUGCAAGUUCAAAUUGGCGACACAACUGUCCCGGCGGAUUUCGUGGUUCUGGAGCUCGAAGAUGAACCGAAAGACCCACUCAUUCUGUGCCGACCUUUCCUAUGCACAGAUGGUGCAAUCAUUGAUGUCCGCAAUGGGAGGAUCGUUCUCCAACUGGGAGAUAUUGUGAUGAAGUUUGAGAUUGACGAGCUGCUCAAACGGCCUAUGUUGGAUGGCCAGAACUUCACGAUUAACGAUGAGAAUGCCGCCUUGACCCUCAACAAGGGAUGA